AUGCCAAGAUUAGAAGAAAUCGAAGAUUAUAAUGAUAUUGAUAACCUAGAGAUGGAUUUGGCUGAGUUGGAUUCGUCUCUUAGGACACCAAUUGCUCCAAAGAUCACACCUACGGUUGUGAGAAGUCAGGACAAUGACCAACCCACUGCUUCCAAAAUCGAACCUGUAGGUACUAAUGAGGAGCAAAUACUCCUCGUCAAUCCGGAAACAGGUAAAUUUGAACGUUCAACCCAGCUAACGAAGCAGGAUAUUGAUAAAAUGAAGACGUUCCAAAUAAUUUAUCCAUGCUACUUCGACAAGAACAGAUCACAUAAAGAAGGUAGAAGAGUUCCAAAGGAAUUGGCAGUUGAGAAUCCUCUAGCUAAGACAUUAUCAGAUGCUGCAGGUAGAUUAGGAUUGGUAUGCCUCUUCCAAGCCGAGAAGACACAUCCACAAGAUUUUGGGAACCCAGGGAGAAUUAAAGUUUUACUGAAACAAAAUGGUCAAUUGGUUGGACCAGCAGCAAGAUUUCCAGGUGGAAAGAGACAAAUAUUAAAGGAGAUUGCUCAAUAUAUGCAGAAACACCCAACUACUCUAGCGUCACCAAGAGAGAUUCCUUAUGGUCCCGAUUUUGAAGGUGCAGAACCAAAAAAGAUACCACGUGUGAAAGGGUUCAAAAUGAACGACAUUGUGCCUUUGCACAGUCCAUUUGUUAUGGAGUCUCCAAUGACCAAAUCUAUAUACGAGGCGCCUGCUAAACCAGCCUUAACAGAAAAACAAUUUAAGACACCAAAGAACAAGUAUAAGGUAGUUAGAAGAUGA